AGGGGGGAGGAGGGGGGAAGAGAAGUGAAAUUGUCAAAGUCAGAGGAUCUUAGAUCAGCUGUUAGCUGUCUGUCACCGACAACGUCAACUGAACCGAUAGCUGAAAGCCGGGCUCAACGACCACCUCAACGGAACGUCCAAGUCAGAGGCCCCGCAGCGUCGCACCGUUUUCAGUCAGAAUGAACUCGCUACCGGGAAGAGCCGCGCUGUCUCUGUGCAGGCGCACGGCCGCCGGCGGGAUGAGGGUCUUCGCCGGUUCUCCGGGCCACCCUGCUGGUGCCGUGGCGGUGGACCGGGCCUCUCUCCAGGCUGUGCGGGUCUGCCACUCCGGCACGAGCCGCCAGGGCAGCACGACUACCAAGAAGCGGGGCUACGACAUCACCAGGAACCCGCACCUCAAUAAGGGAAUGGCGUUCACCCUGGAGGAGCGCUUACAGCUGGGCAUCCACGGCCUGCUGCCCCCCUGCUUCCUCUCCCAGGAUGUGCAAGUACUGCGUGUCAUGAAGAGCUACGAAACACGCGCCGAUCCUUUGGACAAGUACAUCCUGCUAAUGACGCUGCAGGACAGGAACGAGAAGUUGUUCUACCGUUUGCUGACCUCUGACAUCGAGGAGUUCAUGCCCAUCGUGUACACUCCCACAGUGGGCCUGGCCUGCCAACAAUACGGCCACGCCUUCAGGAGACCCCGGGGACUCUUCAUCACCAUCCAUGACAGAGGCCACAUCGCUACCAUGCUCAACUCCUGGCCUGAGGCGGACAUAAAGGCCGUCGUGGUGACGGACGGGGAGCGUAUCCUCGGCCUGGGGGACCUAGGAACCUACGGCAUGGGGAUCCCCGUCGGGAAGCUGGCGCUCUACACAGCCUGCGGCGGCGUGCAGCCCCAGCAGUGUCUCCCCGUGCUGCUGGACGUCGGCACUGAUAACCAGGCCCUGCUGGACGACCCGUUGUACAUUGGACUGAAGCACAAGCGGAUCAGAGGGAAGGAGUACGACGAGCUGGUUGACGAGUUCAUGCAGGCGGUGACAGACAAGUACGGGAUGAGCUGCCUCAUUCAGUUUGAGGAUUUCGCCAACAGCAACGCCUUUCGCAUCCUCAACAAAUACAGGAAUCGAUACUGCACCUUCAACGAUGACAUCCAGGGCACGGCCUCUGUAGCCGUUGCUGGGAUGUUGGCUGCUCUGAAGAUCACAAAGAAUACACUCCUGGACCACACCGUUGUGUUCCAGGGGGCGGGUGAGGCUGCCCUGGGAAUCGCUCACCUACUCAUGAUGGCCAUGGCCAAAGAAGGAAUAAGUAGAGAAGAAGCUGCCAAGAGAAUCUGGAUGGUGGACUCAAAGGGUCUCAUUGUGAAGGGACGAGGAAAUCUCAACCACGAGAAGCAAGAGUUUGCUCAUGAUCACCCGCACAUAAAAACUUUGGAGGAAGUGGUGGCCACCGUCAAACCCACUGCCAUCAUAGGAGUGGCUGCUGUCGCCGGAGCGUUCACGGAGAAGAUCAUCAAAGACAUGGCGUCCUUCAAUGAGAGGCCGAUCAUCUUCGCCCUGAGUAAUCCCACCAGCAAGGCGGAGUGCACCGCAGAGCAGUGCUACCAGCUCACAGAGGGCCGGGGCAUCUUUGCCAGUGGAAGUCCGUUCGACAAAGUGACGAUGGCUGAUGGACGCACCUUUGUCCCCGGCCAGGGAAACAAUGCCUACGUCUUCCCCGGAGUUGCUUUGGGUGUCAUUGCUUGUGGAGUACGCCACAUAUCUGAUGACAUCUUCCUCACCACGGCAGAGGCGAUAGCUAAUAUGGUAACAGAGGAGAACUUGGCAGAGGGAAGACUCUAUCCUCCUCUUAAUUCCAUAAGGGAGGUGUCCUUUAAGAUCGCCGUGAAGAUUGUCAACUAUGCGUACAAAAACAACAUGGCUUCACUGUACCCCGAGCCCAAAGACAAGGAGGCCUUUGUGCUGUCUCACAUCUACAGUCCAGAUUACGACUCCUUCACUCUGGACACAUACAGCUGGCCACAGGAAGCCAUGAAUGUCCAGGACGUGUGAUCCUGCCUCUCACUCCCCAAACUCUGUGUGCUGAUGUGUUCUCAUGUACAAUUUUGGCAUCGCCUCUGUUCAGGAACUUUGCCAAUGAUCCUCGCCUGUUAGCUUUCUCUUUGUUUCUGUCUUUCAUUUAUAAAUGGUUGUAAUUCUGUAGUGAGUUGUAUUUCCGUCUUUCAGAAAUGAACUUCAGUUGUGCGUACCUGAGAUCAAGACUGAGUAAACUAUGUAAUGGUCACACUCAUGAACAGCAUAUCAGAUGUCUUAAGCGUGGCCUAUAUGAUUUAAGCAACAAAAAAAACUACACUCCUUACGUUAGAUUGUCCAGCAAAAUAUUUUUUAGAGCUGAAUCAGAGCUGGUGGAAUGAAAAAAAUCUAUACUGAUCAACAAUAAUGCACAAUGCUCCCUCUUGCCUAAACAGAGCACUCAUUAUAAAGCUUUAAAAAUGAACAGAAACUUUCAGUGCCUCCAACUAUUUGGCUUCAGGAUUCCACUGCUGUAGCUGGCGCUUCGUACGCUACACUCCUCUCUGCCCACAUUAGACUUAAACACUGCGUGUUCGUCUCUGCCUCCCUUUGAUAACCAGUCACUCUUAUCGGGAGGCGCUUCUGUUGAUGUGUUUAGAGGAGGCAUAUUGGGGCAUAUGAUGUCACCAUCAGGAUGUUUUUGUAUUACCAUGAUGUCUUUUGGUUUUGUACCGAGAUCUCUUCCGGUUGUGUUUUAGCCAAAAUUACAGAUUAACUAUCUUCUAUUUGACUCCUCUGAUACUCUGCAAGCUCUAGUAUUGGAUAUGUUCAAACGUUUUUUAAAGGGAACAGGAAACUUUUAAAAUGAAAUUGUAAGCAAAAUAUUAAAGAUUUAUGGCUUUUUUGGA